ACUAUCCGCAGCUCGAGUUGAGGGGGAAUAAAAUUGCCGAAGGCGAUGCCACCGUACUCUGCAUCCGCCUGGCAUCCGACAUCCUCCAUGACAAAAUCAGCAUCCCGCCCCGCUGAACCGAAACGCCCUCUUAGCCAAACACGAAGCAGCCCUGCUCUCCGAGCUCCGCACCAUCUUCGUCGACCAAUGCGGCAGCGACUUCCGCAGCCCCGCGAGCAACCGAUAUAUCCUUCCGCGGUGCCACGAGCUCGUCGCGGCGAUCGGACACCGAAUGGCAUACGAAGCUGCGGCUGGUGCUGGUGCUGGUGCUGGCGGUGCCGCCGAGGGCAGGGAGGGGAAGAUCGAUCCGGUUCUUCUGCGGUUAUAUGAAAUCGGUGCGGUGAAGAGUGAUCUCGCAGCUUAUGUAGAGCAUGGAAUUGUGGCGCGGACCGAGGUGUUUGGUGCUGAGGAUGCGUGUAUUGAGGAGCUUGGGACGAGGCUUGGCAGGUUGCUUGAUGGGUUGGAUAUUGGGGCGUAUUGUAAGGCGCCGAUUCUGUCGGAGGAACUGUGGGAGCGAUUUGUGGGGACGUUGGAUACGUUUGGCAGUGAGGGGUUGGUUAGUAGCCGGUGAGUGCUUUGGUGUGAGGGCCAAUGAGUGUUCACUGUGCUUGAUGUGUUGUAAUUAUCUCUAAUGACUUGGAAC